GUUUAUAAAAACAAUGGCUACCUGAUGGUUUCAUGCAAUGGGGGACUCAAUCAAAUGAGAGCAGCGAUAUGUGACAUGGUUGCUAUUGCAAGAUAUUUGAACGUCACUCUCAUUGUCCCUGAGCUUGAUAAAACCUCCUUUUGGGCUGAUCCCAGUGAGUUCCAAGACAUAUUCGAUGUGGAUCAUUUCAUCACAUCCUUGAGAGAUGAAGUUCGCAUAUUGAAAGAGUUGCCUCCGAGGGUUAAGAGGAGAGUGGCACUAGGAAUGAUUUAUACCAUGCCACCAAUUAGUUGGUCUGACAUGUCUUAUUAUCAUAAUCAGAUUCUUCCUUUGAUACAAAAAUACAAAGUGGUACAUCUAAAUAGAACUGAUGCCCGACUUGCCAAUAAUGGACAACCUUUGGAUAUUCAGAGACUUCGAUGCCGAGUAAAUUUUAGUGCUCUGAGGUUUACUUCUCAGAUAGAGGAGUUGGGUAAAAGGGUUAUCAGGCUUCUAAGGCAAAAUGGUCCGUUCCUAGUGCUUCAUCUUAGAUAUGAAAUGGACAUGUUGGCAUUUUCUGGCUGUACUCAAGGUUGUAACGCUGAGGAGGUGGAAGAAUUGACAAGAAUGAGAUAUGCUUAUCCCUGGUGGAAAGAGAAAAUAAUCAAUUCUGACCUGAAAAGGAAAGAUGGUUUGUGUCCUCUGACACCUGAAGAAACCGCUAUUACACUGAGCGCACUUGACAUUGAUCGCGAUAUUCAGAUUUAUAUUGCAGCUGGUGAAAUAUAUGGUGCAGAAAGGAGAAUGGCAAGUCUUGCAAAGGCUUAUCCCAAAUUGGUCAGAAAGGAGACACUGUAG